AUGGAUUCACAUGAGGCUCUGCUUUUUCUGCUAGUGAGUGCAUACACACUUCAAGUUUCUAUGCAAGGGCCAGAUGAGAGCAGACUGUACCAUGAUCUCUUCUCUCGCUAUCAAAAACUGGAGAGACCUGUCUUAGAUGAGUCUCAAAUCCUCAACGUGGAAGUCGGUAUCCACCUCAACACGAUAAUGGAUCUGGACGAGAAGAACCAGGCGUUGAAAACAAAUAUUUGGAUGCACAUGAACUGGAAAGACUAUAAACUACAGUGGAACGAAUCUGACUAUAACGGAUUGGACAAGAUCCGAGUUCCCGAUGAUCUCCUUUGGAAGCCAGAUAUUCUACUAUAUAACAGUGCAGAUGAAAAUUUUGAUCCUACUUCCCAUACCAAAAUUGUGGUUGACUCCUCAGGCAGCUGUUUGUAUAUACCUCCAGCAAUCAUCAAAAGCACCUGCAAUAUCGAUGUCCGCUGGUUCCCUUUUGACGUCCAGAAAUGUGACCUCAAAUUUGGCUCCUGGACCUAUGGGGGCUCGACUCUGGACUUAUCAAUAAAAAAGGCAGAAAUCAGUGAAUAUAUUCCCAAUGUAGAGUGGGACCUUGUUGCGGUUUCAGGAAAUAAGCAUACCAUAUAUUAUGAGUGCUGUCCAGAUGAGCCCUAUUAUGACAUCACGUUUACCAUAGUGAUGCGCAGACGUACUCUCUUUUAUGCACUCAACCUGCUCAUCCCCUGUAUCGUGAUCUCCAUUCUGUCCCUGUUUGUCUUCCUUUUGCCUGCUGACUCUGGAGAGAAGAUUUCACUGGCGAUCACAGUCCUUCUCUCCUUAGUAGUCCUUAUGCUGAUGCUCUCAGAGAUAAUGCCUGCCUCUUCAGACUCUGCACCUCUACUAUCUCUGUACAUUGUGAUAACCAUGGUCAUUGUUGCGCUCUCUGUGAUUUCCACGGUCGUGGUCUUGCAAUUUCACCACCAUGACCCUAAUGGUGCAGGGAUGCCAAAGUGGGUCCGAAUUUUCCUCUUCAAUUGGUGUGCCUGGUUUCUGCGAAUGAAGCGUCCAGGUCAGGACAAAGGGCAGAGCAGUCCCACCAGCAUGGAUCCCAAAGCCAGACUGGAGAGCGUUCACCCAGCCUCAUCUGAUUCUGGAAAAGCUGGUGAGGGUGAGGUUUUACUCACCAAAGUUCCGAGCUCCAAAGUCAGCAGCUUUGAACCGGAGCUUGCCAAUAUCCUUAGUGAAGUGCACUAUAUUGCCAAAUGCUUCCAUGACCAGCAAAAGGGAGGGAACACAGGCAGUGAUUGGAAAUUUGGAGCUGCUGUAAUUGAUCGUCUUUGUUUUGUGAUUUUCUUUGUAUUCAUAUUUCUGUGCACCUUUGGAAUUCUUAUGUCAGUACCAAACGCCAAAGCUGCUUAG